AUGCCGAAGAAACUGGCGGCGUCUGUUAACCACGAACACCAGCUUCUCGUGGAGGAUGGAGCAGUCCAGAGCCCGGAUCAAUCGGUCGCGCUGCUGGCCAGGACGUUCUUCGCCGAUGAUGAUAUUGGUGUGGAUUCAGGAAUACACACUAUUAUCAGAGGCAGGGCGGACCUGGUCAGCACGCGCCUUCCCGAUGACAUCAAUGAUCCCCCGAUCACCAGGGCGGAGCUGGUCCGGGCUGUGGACAGCUUUAAUCCCAAGAAGGCACCAGGUCAGGAUGGAUUUACGAGUGAUAUCUGUUGUCAUGCAAUACACUCGGAAAUCGAGCUGUUCCUAGCCAUCCUGAACCGGUGCCUUGACCUGGCGUGCUUCCCGAAGCCUUGGAAGGAGGCCUCUGUCGUGGUGCUGAGGAAUCAUCUGUCGACGAAUUCGAUGGCACGUCUUGCCCAGGUCCAAUGGGCAAAGUACAGCUUCACGCCGCAGCGGAGCACGGAGGACGCGCUGUACGACCUCAUGCAGCACGUCAGGGGCAUCCUACACAGGAAAGAGACGGCCCUGCUUGUCUCGUUAGGGCUCCAUUGGGGACCCCUAUUUUGGAACUUAUUGCUGGACCCCCUCCUGGACGAGUUGGACAGACUCGGGGCGUACGUCCAGGCGUUCGCCGAUAUCGUCCUGGUUUUCUCCGGGCACACGGCGCUCGAGAUCCAGCUGGAUGCCGGCGCCGCCUUACUCUGCGUACACAACUGGGUUGUCGUAAAUAAGCUCCGCUUCUCCGCUGAAAAAUCUCAAGCGAUGGUCGUCACGCGGAAGCUUAAAUACGACACACCAGUCGUGCAGAUGGGCGGCGUCGAUGUCCCGAUGGUGACUGAGCUUAAGAUCCUUGGGGUCAUCGUCGACAGCAAACUUACUUUUAACACCCAUGUUGCCUAUGUGUGCCGAAAAGCCGCAAGCCUAUAUAGGAAACUGUCGACGAUGGCCCGCGUGGAGUGGGGUUUGUGCGCGGAGAUAAUCAGGGCAAUCUACGUCGCCGUAGUAGAGCCUACAAUAAUGUACGGCGCGAGCGCCUGGGCGAGGGCCGUGGAUAAAAUUUCUGUGCAAAGGACCCUCGCUACCGUCCAGAGGGACUUUGCACAGAAAAUUGCAAAGACGCAUCGGACGGUGUCGCUCAAUCCGGCAGUCCUUCUGUCGGGCCUUCUUCCACUCGAUCUUCGGAUCUGGGAGGCGGCCCGGCUGUUCGAGUGUAAGAGGGGCCGACCCAUCGAAGAGUUAGACUUACGAGAGCUGGAGGAGCGUGAAGCCUUUUUCAAGGCUUCACAUCACGCCAGUGAGCCAGACAUCAAUUACCAAUGCCUGGAUAAUAUGCACCCUGAGACUGUCUCCGAACAACAACUCCCCGUUCACCAGAUUUACACGGUCGGGAGUAAAUCUGCUGACGGGGUGGGGGCUGCAUACACUUACUGGCGGGAUGGGUCCGAGAUCCGGACCAAACGAAUGAGGUUGGAGCCGAUGUGCACCGUCUUCUAG